AGCCCAGAGCCCACUGCGCAUGCGCGUGGGCCAGCUCGCCUCUGACGCUCUGAGCCGCCCCGGGGGGAGCGGACAGUACAAAGACGCCGCCGGUUCUGCUGCAGACGGGACGUGCGCUGUGUGCGGCCGGUUAGACCUGUUCGGGUCCGUGGAAAGUACCGGGUCACCCCGAAGACCCACAGCUGGUCCCCGUGGACGGUCCGUGGACGGUGCGUGGAGUCAGCCGGGGAGAGGAGUUGGAUUCAAGGCCGAAGAAGAAGAGCCGCCUGGGAGACACUUGGCGUCUGAAAAAACAGCAACAUGCCCGAGCAGUGGCGAUGAGAAGGACUCCUACUACGUGGAAACUCCUUACGGUUACCAGUUAGACCUGGAUUUCCUCAAAUAUGUCGACGACAUCGAGAGGGGCAACACCAUUAAGAAGCUGAGCAUCCAGAGGAAACCCAAAGGGGCCAGGCCUCUGGCGACGCCUCGGGGCAGCACUGCCGGCGUCGGCGCUCGGCCUGAAUGGACCUCCACGGACUCGCUGUCCUCCUCCAACAGCGACGGCAAACAGUCCCCCGUGUUUUUCCCCUCGCGGCACCAGGACGCCGCUCCGUUGACGCCCACCCUCCCCAGGACGGCCGCUGAAGUCCCUCUGGGUCAGUCCUGCUCGGCCUCAGCGGAGCAGAAGCUGCUCCUUCCUCCGCCCUCCCCCAGGUUUGCUCCUCGCCACAACCCCCACGUGGAGAAAACGCUGAUGGAGACCCGCCGCCGCCUCGAACAAGAGCGUCUGCUCGUCCAAGCCCACAGCGAGUCCCUGGCUCCUCGCCGACGCCUCGCCAGCUUUGGUGGCAUGGGCUCCAGCAGCUCUCUGUCGUCUUACUCCAGUUCAGUCGCCCCCAGCACCCAGCCGCCUCUGCCCGUCAACGGCCUGUCCAACGGAGAGUAUAACCCGUAUUACUGCCAGUCCAGAGGCAGCUCCAUCCGCCACAGUCCCAUGAGCUCAGGCGUGGCCACGCCGGUGACCAACGUCAGCCCUCUGCACCUGCAGCAGAUCAGAGAGCAGAUGGUCGUGGCCCUCAGGAGGCUGAAGGAGCUGGAGGAGCAGGUGAAAACCAUUCCUAUCCUGCAGGUGAAGAUCGCCGUUCUGCAGGAGGAGAAGAGACAACUCGCCGCUCAGACUAAAAACCAAGGUCUCAGCUGCUUCCGCAAGCGUUCCUACAGCGUGGGCAGCGCCGACCAAAUGGAGAGCUCCGGGUCCGUCCAAAAGGAAACCGAGCUGCGCAUCGUAGAGCCGGAGGUCCAGGAGCAGAGCAGCCAGCGGCUGGACGAGUUCAGGCGUCUGGCCGCCGAGGUCCAAGCUCUGGAGAAGACGACCAAGGAGAACAACGUCGCUGAAAGCCCGGCUCCACAGAAGUCUAUCGGCGUCGUUACGGAUGAAAACAUGAACAGCCAUUCUGUCUCUCUGAGCAGAAAAGACCGUUGUCUGCGGGACGCGGGGAUGGUGACGGAGCGGCUGGAGAUGCGGAGCGCUGGAGUGGUCGUGACGGAGGCCAUGCUGGGCGUGACCAGUGACGCCGACAGAGAGAUAGAGCUCCAGCAGCAAACCAUCGAAGCCCUGAAGGAGAAGAUCUACCGCCUGGAGGUGCAGCUCAAAGAGACGACUCAUGACAUGGAGAUGGGGAAGCUAAAACUGGAGCUCCAAGCAGCCGGCGGGUCAAACAAGAAGAAGGCGGACAAAGGGCUGAUGGUGAGGCCGGAGAUGUACAACGCAUCGGUGGAAGCCAAGGUCCAGACGCGCAGCCAGGGAGUGGGCGAGCGUCUGGACUCCAGCCAUGCGAGCACAGAUAAAACUCCACAGACCCACACGGUGGGGGUGUCCUGUCAGCCCAGCAUGCAGAGCGCCGCCGUGGGACCGGACCUCCCCAUGGACCAGUGGGUGGUGCGUCGACGGGUGGAGGUGAGUGACCGGUGUGUGGGGAGACGGGUAGAGACGUGCCACCAGCGGGUGGGGGUGGAGCUGAGUGUCUGUGAAACGGGAGUAAACACCGAGGAGCUGGUGGACACACUGGACCUCAGCAGAACCACGACGGAACCAAACAGGCAGUGCAGGUCAAUCGGCUGCGGAGAUUGCUCGGUGGACGUCGUCGUCGCUCCCGUGAAGACGCUGGUGUCGCGAGGAACCGACCCGGAUGUUGUGGGCAAGGCGGACUCGGCGGUGAUGGCCGCUCCGGACUCUGCCUCUCAGCAGACCGGUACUGACGCGGAGUACGAGAACCGGUCCACAAACACAGAGACCGCCGCGGUCACGGACUCGUUCACCGACACGGCGCUGACCACCUGCCAUAAGCACACCAACACGGCGGCCACCGAGACGAGGACCGUCGCUGCCGGGGAGGGACUGGUCAAAGAUGUUCUGACGGCAAAGAUGCGUUCAGUGGCUGUUGGAACCUCCAGUGAAGUCGGGUCGUUGGCCAGCAAACCAAACCCGUCUAAAACCAAAGAGUGCGGGGUGGGCCCACUCAGCAUCCACGACAAUUUCUUAAUCGGCUUAAAAACCAGAAACAUCGCAUGCGGUCCUUCUCAGCCUGCCGAGUGCGCCGCGAGCCCGGAGGCGAAGACGGAGGCGCCGCAGCCACAAGGUGGCGUCGGACUGGACCACUACAUAGAGCGGGUGCAGAAGCUGCUGCAGGAGCAGCAGAUGCUGCUGGCGGAGAACUACAGCGAGCUGGCGGACGCUUUUGGCCAGCCACAGUCCCAGUUCGGGUCCAUCAACAGCCAGCUGGUCAGCACGCUGUCCUCCAUCAACUCGGUGAUGAAGUACGGGAGCGCGGAGAACAUCCUGCAGCUGCACUCAGACUCCAGCAGAGAGAGCUCCCUGCAGCUCCAGUUACCAGAUGUUGGGACAGAAACUGCAGAUGUUCCUGGGAACAUCUCGGCACAGCAGCAACAGCUCAGCGCGGCAGAGCAGAAGAGUCGCAUGGAUCUGCAGAUGUCUACAGCCCUGCACGGCCAGCCAUGCAGUCAGAACGCCCUGAAGUCCAUCAUGAAGAAGAAAGAUGGCCGAGCCGACGCCAACGGCACCAAGAAGAACCUGCAGUUUGUUGGCGUGAACGGAGGAUACGAAACUACGUCAAGCGACGACUCCAGCUCUGAGGACAGCAGCUCUUCUGGGUCGGAGGACGAGGAAGACGAGGAGAAGGAGGAGGAGUACCAGGAGGUGGGAGGACGAAGGAUCGGGGAGGAGUUUCAUAACGAGGGAGCAGAGGAUGUGGACAAGAAGGAUGAAGAGGAAGGUUCGGAGAACGAGAAGAGGGAGAGGUAUGAGCUGAGUGAGAAGAUGUUGGCUGCCUGUGACGUUCUCAAAACUCACCUGAGCGACUCGAAGGCCGUGAGCAGCAAAGAUCUGAGGGCCGGCCUGAACACGGUGCAGCACGAGUGGUUCCGCGCGUCCAGCCAGAAGGCGGCGAUGGCGGGAAUGGUGGAGGACUACCUGCGGGCCUUCCACGCCGUCUCUCCAGACGUGCUGCGCCACGUCGUCAACAUGGCCGACGGCAACGGCAACACGGCGCUGCACUACAGCGUGUCUCACUCCAACUUCCAGGUGGUGAAGAAGCUGCUGGACGCAGACGUGUGCAACGUGAACCAGCAGAACAAGGCGGGCUACACGCCCAUCAUGCUGGCUGCGCUGGCCGCCGUGGAGACGCAGAAGGACAUGUGCAUCGUGGAGGAGCUCUUCAGCAAGGGAGACGUGAACGCCCGAGCCAGUCAGGCGGGUCAGACGGGGCUGAUGCUGGCCGUCAGUCACGGCAGGAUGGACAUGGUCCGGGCCCUGCUGGCCCACGGCGCCGACGUCAACGUCCAGGACGACGAGGGCUCCACGGCGCUGAUGUGUGCCAGCGAGCACGGCCAUGUGGAGAUCGUCAAGCUGCUGCUGGGCCAGCCGGGCUGCGACGCCACGCUCAGCGACAGCGAUGGGAGUAACGCUCUGUCCAUCGCCCUGGAAGCCGGACACAAGGACAUCGCCGUGUUGCUUUACGCACACGUCAAUUUCUCCAAAGCCCAGUCUCCGGGAACGCCUCGACUUGGCAGGAAAACCUCACCAAGCCCGACUCGCAGGGGGAUGUUUGACUAGACGCCGCAGAGCGAGCCCCGCCCACGCCUAGCUGCUAUUGGUUCUCGCAGAACGACGACGCCUGACAACCAAUGAGAUUCCUGGAUUUUCUUAAUAUUUAUAUAUAUAUAUGUACCUUCUUGUCCGCCAGGAUGAGCCCAAAGUGCCCUUUGAAUAUGAAUGUAACCGUCAGGUGCCUCAGAUCAUCAGAUCGUGCCUGAGGCGUCUCGUUUAUCACCAUUUUUUCUUUUAUUUAAAUCUCAGAUAAUCAUUCAGAUCCUCCUCUGCAUGUGAGAAAAUAUUUCCUGUAUAUAGAGCUCAUGUCUGCCCCAUAUUACCCUCAAACACUCAGACGUGACAAAUUGUACUUUUAUAUAAACCUUCUGUAACUAAUUAAAGACACGCAGUAUUUUCAGUACUUCCUAUUACUCCUCAACAAUCCAUGAAGUUAUGUAUUUAUCAGAGUAUAGUUUUUAAUGCAGAUAUGUAUUUCAUUGUACAGACGGCGGUCAGAGUCCAGCUGGUUACCUUUUUGUGUCCAGUUUCUGUCAUGUGUAAUAUAAACUGUUCAAGGUGCUGACUUUCAUUUCCAGUGAGAAUUGAAGUGCCUGAAACGUUGCCUUUAACUAUAAGUAUUGAAUAAAGAGUUAAAAUCUG